AUGCUCUUCUUUACAGCGGUGUUUCUUCUCAUGCACGCCACAGCCAAUCAAGAUGCUGUCUUUUUUCAAACACAAGUUCUAAGAGAUAUGAGCGAUAAGAUAUUCAAUAAGACAUUGGUGGAGAGUAUUGUUGGGACCUCCCAAGCCAAGGUCCUUUCGGAUGUUCUUCCUGUGCUUGUUGAGACGUCUCAUGCGCACGUUCUAACUCAAUAUAUUCUAAAUUUAAAUUGCUCUGAAGCCAAUCUUCUCAGAGCUCAACUAAAAGUUUCACACCUUAUAGAGAGCUGCAACUAUGCACAAAUAUCUGCUAGGCAAAAGAGAAUCUAUCUUCAACGGUCAGAAGACUUUGUUGAAAUGACUCCGAAGAACCUCUGUCAUAUGGAGAGCACCAGUGUUCCAUCUGAGCUACAAAAGAAGUAUACCGAUGUUUGUCAGAACGUGGCUCUGGUCUCUUCUGAUACUAAUACCAAUGUGGAGACGUCUAAGCACAUCAGCGCUUACUACAACCUUUAUGCCGAAUUGAGGGAGCUUUAUCAAUCGGUCAAUACGGCUGAUUUUGUUGCUUUCCAUUCUCUUGUAGAUGACAUGUCUAUCAUCUAUCCAUGUCCUGAUAAUUCAUUCGUUUCGGAUAAUUAUCAGUAUAGAAAAGAUCUUUAUCAGCAACAUGUCCUUCAACUCUCAUCUGUACGGCAACACUUUGAAACAGAUACUAUACUCAUGAUCUUAGACGGGUCCGAGCUUCUUUCUGUGGAGAUGCUUAACGAAAUUAAGCUUUUGGCCUCCAUUUAUGCCAGCUCCAUAAGCUUAAAUGUCAAUCUACGUAUAGCCUUUGUAGCUUAUGAGAUACAAGUCAUCAAUGAUGGAGGUUCCGAGCCUCUUGUUACCACUCUAAACUCUCUACUAAAGAAGAUCCAAGACUUUGACCCAAUAACCUCACACCUAGGAUACUAUGUAUCCCUCCAUUCUCUCAUUACACUUAUUACUGACUUUGUGGGGACAGACAUAAAGAACAAAACAACAUCAGUUGUCUAUAUUGGCUACGGAAUCGUUGAAGAUGCUACCCCGGCCAUUAGCUCGAUCAAUAAUCUGUCAUACUACUCUGUAAUGAUUUCUGAUGUACUAGCAGAAAAUGCAUAUGGUAAGCAAGUUGCAAGAAACCUUAAGAAGCAUCUUACAGACUUUACCAACUUUAUGCGAGGGCACAUCCAGUGCAUGGAUCUUACAACCCUGCUCUUCUCUGCAGAGUUGUUUCAAGAAGUUACUGAUUUAGAUGAUAUGAUAACGAUACACCGGAUUUUAUCCGAACGAUGUAGCUCUACAUUCUAUCAAUGCAUCAAGGAGUCUAACUAUACACUAUCGUGGAGAGCAGACAGAGAUGUUUCCAAGCGUUGCCGUAAGAUUGUAGAAAACUGUAAGUCCCAGUUACCGCCAGAGGAGAAGUCUAAGUUUAUAAACUGCGUGACACCAUCUCUUAUCGCACCAGACUACGACUUACCAUUUGGAUCAAACACACAAGGGAACAUUCUGCUUAAUCGGUAUCGGCACAAACUCCUUAUUGGAUCAGAGUUUCUACGGCCAGAACACUAUAGCAUAAAGCUUGCCCUCGUCAAGUCAGGUUGGAUGACUAAUGAAACUGUGCUAGCAAUGUCCACACCAGUCUACGCGGAAUUUCCAUUCUACGGCAAGCGCCUUAUGGGGUUCUUGGUUAUUGGCCUUAGGAGUCUUGAGACCUCUUCAAAUACUAACAUGGUCACUCUUUUGAACAUAGACAACUAUAAAAUAGUGUGGCCAGGCUUCUCCAUAGAGCACGAUGACAGGCUUUCAUACUUUAGCAACAUGAACCAGAAAAUCUCUGAAUACAUCACAGAGUACGGCUUCUACCGCAGCGAUAUGAUUAGGCUAAAAGAGCUAAUAGAUUUACAAACAGAAACGUAUCGGUUCAAUUACAACGGGACAUUUCAACUGAUUAAAGGUUUAAGUACCUCUUCCAUGAAGCUACCAAAUAUUUUUAGCGACAGCGAAUCAAGUAGCAUGAUAGUAUUUGAAAACUACGAUCUUAAGUAUGUCUGUCUCCGCGGCCGCCUCUGCGCUGAGCCAGAUACACGCGUGGGGUUGUACGAUAUUCUAAUAUAUAACGGAAAAUUUAGGGCGGAAGAGUACCCUAGGGCACUGUUUAGAGUUAAAGUAAUAAUUCUUGAAGAGUAUGCCAUGUCAACGCACGGUUUGUUGGCCCCAUUUGAUUCUAAGACAAUGAAGCACCCUUUCUAUAAAGAUCCUGACGCAUACCCUCUUCCUCUGGAUGGAGAACCUCUCUUUUCUUGGAUCGGCACGCUUAUUAGUGGUACACCAUCCUCAACGCCCUACAUAAUCGAUCCAUGUGAAAGCUUUAAGAGCACACUUUGUCCUGUCCUCGGGCUGAGAGCAUAUGUCACCAAUGAAUACUUGGACGCCAUCACACUCCCAACAAUAACGGCAGACAAGGCUACAAGCAUUCGAUGUGCCUGCCCCCUUUUAGACUUUUAUUCAUAUGCAGAUAAGAUUUACCCAGCUGCUGUACCAGACAAGGUUUCUCGACCAGAGAAGAUCUUCAUGUAUGCUAUGAUCUAUCCCUCCACGCGGCACAAACAGAUCUGCAAGAGCUGGUACAUGGAUAUAACAGUACAGCGAUACCUAAUUCAAUUUCUAGAGGGUAACACAGAGUCUAGUUCUCAAGGUGUGCCGUGUUGUGGUUCCAAAAUAACCCUUGACAGUCUCCCGCUCAUGCAGGUAUGUGCUAUGGAAUUCUCAAUGGUGUAUUGGGAGUUUGCUAGGAACUCAUAUCGUAUAAUGGCCUCUAUUCUAGAAAAGAUUUUGGCAACGUGGACCAUGGAUCUGCCAGCUAUAAAAGAUAAUAAGUUAGAAAUUCUUCUCUCCAACGCGUACUAUCUUCCACCUCCGCAAAUCAUUGUCCUUUUAAAUCCCUCACUGGGAAUAUACUUGUCUACUCACUACGUGGAUCUCUUGUAUACAGACCUUAUGACUAGCUUACAGACCAAGUACGGGAUUUUAACUAGCAAGCUUUGCCGUAACGUAUCUGCAAUACCUUUAACUUCCAGCUAUUCAACGGAACAAAUCAAUAAGUAUUUCUCUUAUCUGGCACGUGUCUCCAACAUACACAUUGACGUUCCAUUCUACCGCGUCAGGUCGAUAUUUAAGGUUGUUCUAUUGGAAAGGGUCGACAUGGUUGAAGAACGGGUGAAUGGGAUAAUCACGAAUGCCCACAACAACAUUGAUGGUAUCACUGCAGAUGUGGAAGCAUUGGUUAUCAACCACUAUGGAGUUUCCAUAGCAUCAUCGAGCUUAGGCUACCCGACGCUCAAGCGACUUGAUGAAAACACUAAGCUACGUAUUAUUGGCUCACUUCUUUAUCAUAACGAUGUCCUGUCCAUUUACGACAAUAAGAACUUUGAAUAUCUCGUACUUUCUCUAGCUGAAUUGAAGUAUAAGCGGCAACUCAAUAGAGUACAACAAUGCUCCAUCGAUACACGAUGGACCGAUGACAUAUCUAAAGUAUACAGUGAAAUAAGGGAGAAGGAUCUAAGGAACAUAGCAACUAAUUCAUUCUUCGUUGAAAGCAAAGGGUACAAUGAAGAAAUCUUCCUAUAUCUUUCACUACCAUCCAUAUUUAUAGACGACGUUCAGGUCAAGCAGCUCGACAUGCCCGGAACCCUCCUUGGAAGCUGUUCCAUGGGGAAGAUGGAAUCUCUGUUUACACUAGUAUGCCUGGAUCUCAAAACAACCAUAUCUACUCAGCUGUUGUGGGAGCGAAUAGCCCUCAAUAAAGAAAAAUAUCUAGAUGUUGAGAAGAUGCCAACAACGGAUUGGUACCACAUCUCUCUGGAAACAUACCGGAUAAAAAGUUACUUUGAUUGGUUUUUUAAGCCACGGAAAUCUAUGUGGGAAGAGUACAAUUACUUUGAAAGCCCUUUUUGGCUACCGGAGACGGGAUACAAUGACCCAAUCAAGAGCUAUUGUAUAGACCUGAUAUACGGGCUCGAUGUGUAUGGAUACAGCCCUCAAUUUUUGAAAACAAAACUCUUGUUCUUCUCGAAAAAGGCCGCCGAGGAUGUAGUCAUUAUUUGUACAAUGGCAGUGGUCGGAGCGUGCCUUUUAAUUUAUCUUAUUUCUCACAUCUACUUAUGUAUCCUUCUAACGAGGUACUAG